UGCGCCACCGCCCAAUGCGAAGUGUUAGCAUUCUAAUAACAACAAGCACUGGCAAAAUCUAGUAGCGAUUCAAGCUGUUAAGCAGCUGUGAGGUGCUAAAUCAUUGAGCAGUGCAAAUAAAUAAUCGAAAAUCAAACAUUCUCAGAACAUCAUAAUUAUCAUUAAUAUAUGUUUUCAUAAUUCCUGUUAACAUAAUGGACAAAGAAAUAACUAAGUUCAUGCUCAUACAUUCUGAAAUAUUUCGUGUACAUAUGUAUGCAUUAGCAAGAAUAAUUUGAUACCAGUGGCGGUCCCCUCUGCGAAUCACAGAUCUUCAAUUUACUUCAUGCUUGGUUAGAGCGACACUUUUGGUGCUCGAUGGAGUGAGCAGAGGCUCUGCUGACUUCGGAUGUGUAGUGGGCUUCGGAUGUGUAGGGAGCGACUUUUGUCGACGUCUUCUUUAAACUGCUGGCUGGGCUAGCCAAACCUGUUGGUGGAUGCUGUGGUUGCUGCUGCCACUCCGCUCUUGAAUUUGUCUCAGCUGCUAGUGUUGUUGUUGGUCUUCUUAGUGGAGUUGUUGUUGCUCUUCUAAUAUUGGUGUUUUUGUGUUACGUUUUUUUAAAUUUAAAUAUAUUUUUUUAUUCGUUAUUUUCAUUGUCAGAGUCGUCGUUGUUGUUAUUAUUGUUGCUGUAUUGUGUUGCUUUUCUUUCGUCACUUCUGAUGAUGAUCACAACAACAAUACGCUUGAAGCGAUAAAAAUUCAUAUAUAAAUGUGAAUUUGUCACAACGAUUCUUGACAGUAAAAUAACAAAAUUUGCGCCGAACAGAUCGAUCGUCCAAUGAUCGCAAAUAAUUUGCAAGUCGAACAAAGAGUUUAUUAUUUUUUUCCUAAUAAAUAUUUGUGCGAUAAUAAUUAUUGAAAGUGUGAAUCGCAGCCAGUGAUUGUUUUUUUCAAAACGAAAUCAAGAAGUUAAAUAAAAAAUUCGCCAACAACGCAAAAAGUGUCAAAGCAAUUACUUUCUGUGAUAAUCAAUUGAAUCAACCUUGCUGAUUUUUUAUAAACCAAAAACCAAAUAUUUGAAAAAAUAGUUGAAAUCAUAAACAUAUGUACUGAACCAAGGUGUGUUUUACAUUACAUACUAAAAAUCGUUUUUGAGUGUCCUCGAAGCUUAAACAUUUGCAGCAAAAGCUAAUGAAACCAGCAAUGGCUAAAUUCUGCAUCGUCGCUUUAUGUAUUCUGGCGCCGUUGGCCAGCCUCAAUCUCGGUGUUCAAGCACAGGAAGGCGUCAACAAUUACCUCGACGUGGAGACGCCGAACUUUUUCCAAUAUAACUCGCCACUGCGACGACCGGAAAGUUUGCGCUCGCCACAAUACUUGGAUUUCCUCAGCACACUGUAUCGCAAUGAUGCCGCCAAAGCGGAUAUAUUGCGCCCGUACGUGAGAUCACGUCGUUCCGUAGCCGAUGCGCCGCUCACUGCGCCUUUGGAUAUGUCGCUUUCGCCGUUAGCUGCCGUUGCAGCGUCUGGCUCUGCGCCACUCGAUGAGCGUCCACGUCGUGCCAUUGUCUUCCGUCCGCUGUUCGUCUACAAACAGCAACAGAUUCGCCGGGAGAACCUGUCGAAACAUCGCCGUCGUGUGUGAAGUGAUUGUGUCAAAUAGAACAGGGUCAGCGACCGGUUCUUGGUUGCGGAUAUCUGAAAUACACUGCGAUCUUAUUAUAUUAUUUUUUAAUGUUUACUCGUAUUUUGUAUAUUUAUGAAAUUACACUUUGUUGUUGACAUCGCUUGCCUAUUCUUGCAUUCACUGUGCACCGACUUCCGUUCGCCAUUUCUUCUUUAUUGCUUAACAUGAAAUUAAAUCUGUCGUUCACCAUUUUCUGUUCUGCACAUUUUGUCGCCUUAAUUUAAAGAAAUCAAAAAAACUAGAAUAAGCGAGAACUUCGUCACUAAACAUUGGCCAUCGAAAAUUUCGAAAAACUUUUUUCUGUACAUAAUUAUCUACAUGUGCAUUUACAUAUGUACUUAGUAAAUUAGAAUUACCCAUUAUUGUCUAAGUAUGUCAAAAUUAAAAAAGUCCUUAGAAUGGAAAGAAGAGUAUUGCUCUAUGCAGCCUACUUUUAGGGGCGAAUAUUUGUUACUAGAAAAUGAAACGAGUGUAUUUUUAAGGCUUGUUGAGUUGUUAAAAAAAGAAUAGAAAGUUAAAUUAAAGGAAAUUGUUAGAACUAAUUCAAGUAGAAGAAAAGAAAGUGCACUAAAUCACAAUAUAUGACUUGUAAAAUUAAUAAUAUGUAUGUAAAUAAAUAAAUAAAUAAAAUUUUAUAUCUCAAAAA